ACAGAUUUUCGGUGUCUUCUUCGAGGAAAGAAUUAACCAAGGUUGAACCUAGAUGAGAUACCCUGUGAGUGAGUGACCCUUUUAGGUUAACAGAAUGAGUUGCAACGGGUGAACAACGAUUAGUUUAUUAGGUUAUUGGUGCGAUAUGGCAGUCUAAUUGCAGGCAUCCUAGAUUAUCAAUUCGCUUUAGGUUACUUUGGUUUAAACGUCUGCUGGAUGACUCAUUCUGAAACAAAUAGGCCUAUUUUGGUUCGGUGCUGCCGCCUUGCGGACAAAGGGAAAACUGUCGCAGUGUUGACGUCAUGACCGGAUGUUGAUAGUAGCAGUGAGCAGCACGACGCAAGCAGGAACAGCUGGAAAAGAACAACAAAGCCACGACCAACGACGACGAUCCCCACAACGGCGCAGUGACACGAAAAUAUAACAACUUUAUUGUUGACAUCGUUUCAGGCAAAACAAGUAUUCGACUCGGGAAGUCAUUCGACAAGCAAUAAAUAGAGUGAGACCCACUGAAGCGGACAGGACAAUGGGGCGAAUCUUCCUCGACCACAUCGGUGGAACACGCCUCUUCUCCUGUGCCAACUGUGACACCAUCCUCACCAAUCGAUCGGAGCUCAUCUCCACACGCUUCACCGGGGCCACCGGCAGAGCCUUCCUCUUUAAUAAGGUGGUGAACCUGCAGUACAGCGAGGUGCAGGACCGAGUCAUGCUCACGGGCAGGCACAUGGUGAGGGACGUGAGCUGCAAGAACUGCAACAGCAAGCUGGGCUGGAUCUACGAGUUCGCCACGGAGGACAGCCAGCGCUACAAGGAAGGCCGCGUGAUCCUGGAGCGGGCCCUGGUCCGCGAGAGCGAAGGCUUCGAGGAGCACGUCCCGUCUGACAACUCGUGAGGCCCCGCAGCCCUUUGACGGAACGGCGGAGAAGGACUCACUCCUCCUGUGUACCUCCCGCCCCUUCUAGCACCACCGUCCUCCCUUUGCCUCCGCGCCCGAACGUCGCCGUUCUGCAGACUUAGUGGUCGACGAUGUCUUGGCGCCACACACACACACGCCUCCUCUUCCUCCACCUCUUCUACCCUUGUCUAGGACAGAUGACUCCAGCAGAGCGGAACACUGGUUGGCAAGUUACAAUUUUCUGAAACUAAUUUACGGAGAAUACGACUUGUUUUUAAGUGCGCGUCCACACAGAAUACCAACACUGCACUAUGCACCACAUUUGUUACAGUGUACUCAAAUGCAUGUGUAAUUGCAGCCCGAUGAUGAUCCAUCUCGUCACGUCAGCACCACCUUUUGGGAUAUAUAAAGAGAUUAAAACAGGAAACUACAAAGUAACUACUCAACAGUGUUAGAGCAAAUAUCCCAUUCUCUUAACACACACACAUUUCUGCUAUGCGUUGAGAAAUGUAAUACAGGGUCAGUAUCUACAGUCAUAUCACUUGAUAAUAUAAACAGCCUAUUUUCCUCACUUAAAACAGUAAUCACUGUAUGUGAUAAAUGCAAGAUGCAUUGACUGGCUUCACUUGAUGAGUUUCAUUGUUUAUAUGGUCAAAUGUGUAUGUUACUUUCCCCAUUCUUUUUUAAACUUCAGACUAUUCUGCAUGCCAAAUUUCAGUUAUUGCUGCAGUUCUUCUGUUUGGAUUUCUUAGCCACUGUGCGUGUGAGGUGGGAGGAGAAGUCUCUUUGAGGGGCUCUGUCUUUGGGAUCAUACGCUAUUCGGCCACUUUGUCUUGUAGUGUAAGGAGGGAAACAAAAUGUAUGUUGGGUCUGUUUUUGACAGACCCCCAUUCAACGACGUACUGGCUUAAACCAAAACAGCAUUAGGCCGUAAUAUUCAAUAUGGUUCCCUGGAGAAAACAGAACUGGAGUAUUACAAGUCAACUGGCUUUUCAACAGAUGAGGCUAGGGAAGUAAUUACAUGCCUCUCUUGUACAAAAAGUGUCGCAAAAUUAAGAUUGUUAAAAGAAAAAAAAAAGAUUUCCAAGAGGAUGGGUGACUUUGUUUGGAACAUUUGACAAUGUACUUUGCAAUAUAUAUAUUUGAGAGAAUUUGUUAUAACUUAAUUUUUUAUAAUUUUAUUGAUAUAUUGUUGUUGUGUUAGUGUUCGUAGAAUGAUUAUUUUCCAGGAUGAUUACUGUUUAUAAUUUAGAUUUUAUCUAUCAUUUUCUUGACAUUACGAUUUUAAGGCUUUUGCAGUAGUUCUGUUGUGAUUAUUUCAAAAUAAAGACAUCAGUAUUGCUGUGUAUAGGCCUACUCUUUGUUUGAGUAAACCCUGUGCCCUGCUGGGUUUGUCUUAUUUUGUAAAUAAAUACAUAGGAAAUGUA